AUGGCGAUCAACGCCGAAAAGCCCGGGGCGAGGGAUACCGUGCUGGCAGCAGAAGCUGCCCACGCCCAAGCCGUUGUCAAUGCGGCUACCGAAAAAUUGGAGGGAGAUGAUCAGAUGGAGGAGGCUUCUCCAUUGGAGUCCCCCUCGGAGGAACUCGUCCUUUCAGAGGAUAUGUGUUAUGACCAGUUAGGGUAUUCGUUCAGCGAAAAGAAAAAGUGGACGAUCAUCAUGGUCAUUUUCCUUGUUCAAACCUCGAUGAAUUUUAAUACGUCGCUCUAUUCGAACGCCAUCCCCGGUAUCUCGGAAGAGUUCAAUGUAUCCGCGCAAGCUGCGCGUUGCGGAGCCAUGAUAUUCCUGGUUUUGUACGCUUUUGGGUGUGAGCUUUGGGCUCCAUGGAGUGAGGAGCUGGGUCGCAAGCCCAUUCUACAGGCAUCUCUGUUCUUCGUCAACGUUUUCCAACUCCCCGUGGCUCUGGCGCCCAACUUCGCAUCCAUCAUGGUCGGUCGUGCCCUCGGUGGUCUGUCAUCCGCUGGUGGCUCCGUCACCCUGGGAAUGAUCGCCGAUUUGUGGGAGCCCGAUUGCCAACAAUAUGCCGUCGCCGCCGUCGUCUUCUCGUCAGUUGGUGGAUCUGUGCUCGGUCCGGUGGUUGGAGGCUUCGUUGAGGCUUUCCUACCAUGGCGCUGGAACAUCUGGAUCCAGCUGAUCUUCGGUGGUUUCGUGCAAGUCGCCCAUCUUUUGUUUGUGCCGGAGACCAGAACCACCGUGAUGAUGGAUCGCAUCGCAAAGAAGAUGCGCAAGUCUGGCGAAAACCCCAAUGUUCGCGGUCCGACCGAGGGCUUGUCUUUCCGCCAGCGGUUCCCUCCACGCGAGAUCAUGAGUACCUGGAUCCGUCCCUUCAAGAUGUUUUUGACUGAGCCGAUUGUCUUGACACUUUCUCUACUGAGUGGUUUCAGUGAUGCCCUCAUUUUCAUGUUCAUCCAGUCGCUCUCGCUCGUGUAUAGCCAGUGGGGCUUCAACACUUGGGAGAAGGGAUUGGCGUUCAUUCCAAUUCUGGUCGGCUACAUCCUCGCUUGGUUCUCAUUUUUCCCGGUGAUCAAGCGCAACAUCCAAGAGCGCAAGGACAACCCGGAAAGUGAACGGGCUCAAUACGAGUCCCGUCUGUGGUGGUUGCUCUACACCGCUCCCUGCCUCCCAAUCGGUUUGAUUGGAUUUGCCUGGACUAGCUUGCCGCAGUGUCACUGGAUUGGUACCAUGAUCUUUGCCGCCAUUAUUGGUAUUGCUAAUUAUGCCAUCUACAUGGCCACCAUUGACUACAUGAUCUGUGCCUACGGACCGUACUCUGCUUCCGCCACUGGUGGUAAUGGAUGGGCGCGAGACUUCCUUGCCGGUGUGCUCACUAUUCCAGCAACACCAUUCUUCACCAACAUCGGUGGAGAAUUCCACCUCGAGUACGCCUCCACGAUUCUCUUCUGCAUUUCGCUACCUCUGGUCGUUGCGGUCUACAUCAUCUACUGGAAGGGUCCCACUUUGCGCAAGCGUUCGCCAUUUGCCCAGCAGCUCGAAGACGCACGUGCACAAAUGCACAAUGAGGGUCUACGCGGAUCCAAGAUCCCUCAGGCAUCUCGCGCAAGUUCCUAUGCACGUUCCCAACAGGACCUCAGGAUUCGUCCCACGCUCGGCAGCCGAGGCAACUCGCGGGCCAACUCUCGGGCCAACUCUCAGGCGAAUUCCCGUGCCAACUCUCGCCGGAAUAGUCUGAACGCUAACGUUUGA